CUUUUGUGAAUCCAAAGAAUGCUGCACUUGUUCACAACCUAUUUAUUCCACUUCCAAGUAUUUUUGUGUAGGACGUACUGGUGGCAUUAUUGAGAGGAAGAGCAUCCGAACGAUGAGACGCACGAACGCGUGUCAUGCUGGAAAUAUUUCCAUUAUCUGCUUGGAAGUCAAGUAUAAUGACAGAUUUGAACUGUUUCCCAGAUGCUUGAUGUUGUGCAAUGCAUCUCGCCCUCCGGUUGCAGACAGAUCUCAACGUGUUUGUUUCUCUCCAACGGCUCCAGUGUACUGACGUCUCGUCUGUUGGCAAGUGGUUGCUCUGUUGUGGAGGAAGAGCGAGCAGGACGUAAACAUGCAGGAGAGGAGCGGAGCUCUUCUGGCCUGGAAGGUGCUGCUGGCGGGGAUGUGUGCGUUGCUGCUCACAAGCUCGGGGGGUCUGGUGUUCCUGCUGGUACGACAGAAGGAGCUGACGGAGGAGCUGGUGAGGUUGGACGCCCAGGUGCAGGUGCUGUCACGGAGCAACAGGCUGCAGGCAGCAGACCCUGCGGAGGCCGAAGAUCUAAAGAAGCUUCAGCGCAGCAGAAGGAACCAGGAAGGAGAACCGAGACGAAGCGAGGACGAGAAGGAUAUGAUGAUGCUGAUGACGUACUCCAUGGUUCCUGUCAAAGCCUUCAUGGAUCUGUGUAACAGCUCCAGAGGACUCUGUUUCACAGGUCCAGCUGGACCACCAGGUUUGCCCGGUCGAGCCGGGUCUUCGGGUCCUCAAGGUGCCCCGGGGCCAGAGGGGAGACGAGGAAGGAGAGGCCCCCCAGGUGAAAAAGGAGACCCUGGGCUGAAAGGCGAGACCUACAAUGACAUUCUCAUUGAGGGUCCAUCCGGUCCAAGGGGUCCACCGGGUCCACCAGGUCCACCAGGUCCACCGGGUCCACCAGGUCCACCAGGUCCAGCCUGUCCUGCUAGGAAUUGUAAUAAAGUUAAGAAGAAGACCAUCGGAGAACCCAUGGGUUCAAUGGUUCCAGUAAAUGCGAGCAAAGAUGUUUUGAAUGUCACCGUCUCCAAAAUAGAUCCAGUCACAAGUACGGACUUUGCCCCACUUGCUCCGGAAAAAAACAGAAACACCUUCAAUCGCAGCGGAAACACAAAGAAAAGUCCAACAAAAAGUGGUAAAGACACUGAGUUAGUGUCCCCUCGGCCAGACUACGGACAGGACAAGUGGACUGAAACCAGGACAGAGGCAUCGUUUCACUUAUCAACAGCGUCACCAACAUCCCAUCCAACCUAUGAGUCCAGAGAGGUUUUUAAUUUGACCGGCUCUGAGAAACCGCAAGAGGAACCUGAGUCACCUCAUAAAGACUACAGCCAUGACAACACAGAGAACGUUACAGACGGACCAAUGCAAUCAUUUACUGAUCAACUUACUGUGGAUAAAAUCAGUGAUUCCUUCAGUACCAGUGGAACCGUUGUUGAAGCACCCAUGAAACGUGAGUCAGAAUCGUUUCAAGUAGUAGUCGAAGACUACGGUGAUACCGAGAGAGAAAAUGUUACAAAAGGACCAAUUCUGCUCUCAACAGUUCCUCUCUCUGUGGAAGAAAUCAAUGAUUCCUUCAGUACCAGUGGAACCGUUGUUGAAGCACCCAUGAAACAUGAGUCAGAAUCGUUUCAUCAAGAAGACUACGGUGAUACCGAGAGAGAUAAUGUUACAAAAGGACCAAUUCUGCUCUCAACAGUUCCUCUCUCUGUGGAAGAAAUCAGUGAUUCAUUCAGUACCAGUGGAACCAUUAUUGAUGCACCCAUGAAACGUGAUUCACCAACUGCUCGUCCAACUGACAACGGCAGAGAUGUCACUGACUCUGAGAGACUUCCAAACACAAGGAUGGAGGCUGAGAGGGUAUUUCCUCAAGGAGACGACAAUGAAAUCUUGAAUGAUACUGAAAGAGAAAAUGUUACACAGGCACAAAUGACAUUAUCGACAGCUCCACUUUCCGCGGACGAAAACAGGGGUGUUUUCAACAACGCUACGGAGGCGCCACUUCAAUUAGUAACAGCCCCACUCUCUGUGGAUCUGGAGAGCGACCCCUUCAACGUCAGUGGAAAUUUCAUCCAAACAACCAGGAAACGUGAAUGCAACCUCAGAGCUAUUAAAUGUCCGAAGGACGCCAUGCAAAUGCAAAGCACUUUUGGAGCCUGGAUGUCCGAUGCGUCCCAACUGGAUGAAGGUCGAUACUGGCUGGCCGAUCAUUUUUCAGGUCGAGUUUUGGUGGAGCACAGAAACAAUUCGACUCUUCAUAAUGGAAGCGACAAAAUGAUAGACCUCAGAAGGUUCUUCCAGGGCUGUGGUCACGUUGUUUACAAGCAGUCAUUUUACUUUCACAUCGCAGGAAGAAACCGCCUCUUGAAAUUUGACCUGAACACCAAGGAAACAAAGACUCUGGUGAUGGAAAACAGCAGAUUUCACAACCUGAUUUAUCUUUUUCGCAACUCAAAGACGUAUUUCAAGUUUGCUGUGGAUGAAAAUGGAUUGUGGGUCAUUUUUGCAUCAGAUACAAAUGAUGAUACGAUGGUUGCAAAGAUUAACACUGACAGAUUCUCUGUUGAGUCCGUCAUUAACACUCGCUACCCUACAACUAAAGCAGGAAAUGCUUUCAUUGUGUGUGGGGUCCUAUAUUUUACAGAUGACAAAGAUCGAGAAGUUACAUAUGCCUUUGAUUUAAAGAAGGAGAGUCCUCUGAAUGCAAGUUUUGACUUAAGGCCAGCAAAUGGUAUCUUGGCUAUGCUGUCAUAUUAUCCCAACAGAAAGCUUUUGUAUAUGUGGGACAACAGCAGCGUGAAAAUAUGCAAAGUUAGGCUGAACCUAAUCUAGAAAUAACCAUAAAACUUGUAAAAUGAGCAAUAAAGUUAUUUUUAAAUGCUA